CCUUGGUCUAGGGUUUCUUUGCCUUCUUUUAUCCUUCGGCAUUCAGCAGCACCAUCGUUCUGAAAACCAGGGUUUUCUCAUCCUUCUACUCAGGAACUGACGCUCCUUCGAAGAUGUUGAUCCCGAAGAAGAAUAGGAACGAGGUCUACAAGUACCUCUUUCAAGAGGGCGUGCUCUAUGCGAAGAAGGAUUUCAAUCUGCAGAAGCAUCCUGAGAUCGAUGUCCCCAACCUACAAGUUAUCAAGUUGAUGCAGAGCUUCAAGUCCAAGGAGUACGUGAGGGAAACAUUCUCGUGGAUGUACUACUACUGGUACCUCACCAACGAUGGCAUCGAAUACCUGAGGACUUACUUGAAUCUGCCAUCUGAAAUCGUCCCAGCAACCUUGAAGAAGUCCGUGAAGCCCCUCGGGAGGUCCAUGGGCGGUGGUCCUGGUGGUGACAGACCCAGAGGCCCUCCACGAUUUGAAGGCGACAGGCCCAGGUUCGGUGAUCGGGAUGGAUACCGUGGUGGCCCUCGCGGGGGUGAAUUUGGUGACAAGGGUGGAGCUCCACCUGAAUUCCAGCCUUCCUUUAGGGGUGCGGGUGGACGACCUGGGUUUGGAAGAGGUGGUGGUGGUUAUGGUGGUGGUCCUGCAUCCAGUUCUCUUGCUUAGGCGGUUCUCUUGCUUAGGCGGUUCUCUUGCUUAGGCAGUUUCGUACCUUAUCAUCUGAUCUUGCGUCUACUUCCAGAUACUGUUGGAAAUUUUGUAGCGUUUUAUUUUAUUUUGGGAAGUUAAUUGAUAUCUCAGUUCAACAACGCAAGUUUGCUGUUAUCGAUGAUUUCCUUUCUGCUCCAUUCUUGACAGUUAUGAAACGCAACUAGUUUUAAGAUUCUUAAUUCUAACUUUUCUAUUCAA